GUUCACCACGUUUAUUCAAAAUAGUCUUUAACAGGCUAUUAUAAACUCCAGAAAAAUCAAUUAUUUUACCUAUUGCCGACAAAAGGGACACAGUACGGCAAACAAUACAAUGGAAAACAAUACAGUUCCACGGCGCACAGCAUUGAGUUAAAUAGGUGCUCUCCGCUUGACAGCCCUUAACAAAGUAAUUAGAUUGUGAUCCAACAAACUAUUAGCUUUGUAAAGCUUUUUAUCGUAAACAUCAAUAUUGCUAGUUGACAACACGUAAUUAACGACAAAAUGCAUACAUUAUCCCUGACUCACACGUGCACCCGAACAUUAUUCGCUGAACUCACGCAAACGACCCCAAUGAGUGCGUAGGUACCCGUGAAAAAAGUGCACGCUUUAGAUUUAUUAAAAUUGCAAACACUAAUCACACUCACGCAAUCUUGAAUUGGCAGUAGUACGUUAGCACAGCGCAUGCGCCACACAGUUCACUAGUGACCAGUUUUAAAUUUAGAUUCGAGUCGCCGGAAUUUCGCUGUCCUAUUUCGACUCCGCAAACGACAGAUUUUAACUGAAUUCAAAGGUACAAUUGUUAUUGAUGAUCAGUAAGAUUAUUCGAGUCAGUGAUUUAUCCGCGACGGGCCCGUGUGAUGUGAAGUGAAGAAGUACCGUGUGUAUCCAGAGCACUGUGAAAAGCGUGGUUAUGUGGACUUCUUGAAACUAUAUGAAGAUGUUUGGGAGAACGAUCUUAGUGUUAUUGUUGUUGUGGAAACAAGAUUCAGUGAGGAGUGUUCGCUUAGUGGAACUCCGGGUGCCUACACAUGAGCCGGAAGGCGGCAUGGCCCUGCUGGGCUGCCAGUACGACAUGGAGGGAGACACCCUGUACUCCGUCAAGUGGUACAAGGACGGCAGGGAGUUCUACCGCUUCGUGCCCAAGAAUGAACCCCCUGUGUACUACUUUGAAACGCCAGGAGUUAAUGUGGAUGUAGCCAGGUCGUCGAACACAGUGGUGGCACUUAUGAACCUGACGCAGGAAUCGGCUGGCCACUACCGAUGCGAAGUGUCCGGGGAAGCACCGCACUUCACCACCGUUUUCAGGCAAAAAUAUAUUAACAUACAUUUACUUCCAAAAGGCGGGCCCCGCGUAAUGGGACUCCGUGAACAUUACAGACUUGAUGAAACAGUCCUCGCCAACUGUUCGCUGCCUCCGUCCAGACCGAAGGCUCAUCUGAAAUGGCUCGUGAACGACAGGCCAGCACCGUCAGAGUACGUGCUGGGCCCCUGGUACCGGGUGUCCACAGACAGACCUGAUGCCGCUGAAACUAUACUACAGCUGAGCUUCUACGCGACAACAGCUGAUUUUGUUAAUGGAGCUGUGAAACUAAAAUGCCAAGCGACGAUAGCGCCGCUCUACCAACGAGAAACAGAAUCUACCCACUACAUCGCCUUCCCUUUUACCAUCACAGAACCACCAGAUGCAGAGGAAAUCAAAGAUCAUGCUGCAUCGGUCCAGGAUUCUUUAGCAGCUUUAUUAAUACCAAUUAUUUUUUUAAUAUUAGUGUAAACUUCGUGAUAUUGUAUUUAAACAUAGGUGGUCAAGAAUUUGCACAAAAAUGUUUAAAUAUAUUGGUCCAACAAAUCUUUCACGGUUCAUAUUUCAAGUGUUUUGUGGCGAAACGUGGCGAAUACAGUGUAGAGCAUUUUAGAUACGGUUAAACAAUUCUUUAGAAGUUCACAAACUUGAACAUCAAGAAAUGUACGUACGUGUAGUUCAGUUGUACAUAUGUAAGCAACUAACUAGGGAAGUUGGUCCUGCACCCAAGCAAAGCGACGCAAUCUUGAAUAGUGUGUCGUUUGGGAACGUAACAAUUAUACUGCUUUCCAGUACAUUCGGCGGAGAAUCGCUCUGUACACGCUCGUCGAGAGCCGGCCCAGAAGCUGGCGGAGACGUCACAGUUAGAGUUACUACGGGUAAUUAGUUAGAAUUGUUCAAAAGCCAUGCGGUUCCAUCAUUUUCAUGUCAGACAUUACAUUAGCUUUUAACAAUUGAGCUAGGAAAGCGACUGUACAAAAUUACAUUGAUUUAAAAUUCUGAAAGUUUAUUUGAAAAUUAAAACAGGUUACAUUUGUUAUUACUCAAUGCAGUCUAGUGAUAAAUGCUGCUAAGAAACCUAAGUAUUACAAAAGCGUAACAAGUAAAAACUUAUUUCAUUUGUCCAUAAUUAACAUUUUUGUGCAAACAAUUUUUUUAUUAUCGUAAGCCCGUGAACGAGUUGUACCUAUUAUAGAAAAAAAAAUGUAUCUUUUACCCAAAGUUGUAAGUUAUUUUUUGAUGUAGAUUUAAAAACAUACUUAUAAAUUAACAUGAAUAUUGCGUAUAAAAAAUAGGCAUUAUCACAGCUAAAAACGGUGUUUGGGAGUAUCUUUUACGAUCAUUCAGUGAGGUUGUAAUAGCAUUAUAAUAAAUAAUAAGAACUUUUAUUCUUGUAAACAUAAGUUAAUAACUAUAAUUCAGAAGUGUGCGAAAAAACUACAGGUCAAAAGAAUUUUAAGACUUUGUAACCGAUAUAAAAAAAAAAUAGACAGUCGGAAUAUUAUACAAUUGUAAUGUUAAGUAACACAAUAUCUUUAAGUAUAUUAUUUUACUCUACCCCGACUCUUGAACUCGCACACAUAGUUCCCAUUUUAUUUCUACAUUGUUAUUUUCGUGAUAUUUUGAUGCAUUCGAAUGUAAUAAAUAUAUUGUUUUCUAUGCAUUUACACGUUUAUGUUUUCUUUAAUUUAGCGUGAAUGUGGUUCCGUACUAAUUAGAAAGGUUGUGAUAGUGCUAUGCCUGCUUUGCAUGUAUACCAAUUAUACUUAUUAUAAAUAAAUAAAUUUAAAGAGUUAAAAUA